UGUUCCUUUAUUUUGAAUCCAGACAACGCGGCCUACUUGUGGCAUCGGAACGGUUUUCUCAAAUUCGAUGAAAUCGUAGCCGGAGAGUACCGAAAUUGUAAAGUGGCAAAGUUUCAAGGAGAAAACAUGUCGCCCGCAUUCCUGGCCGUGUUCGCCGUGAUCCUGUGCAUCCUGUUCCGGAUACUGAACGUCAGCAGCACGCCUCAGAUCCCGCAGAUCGUCUGCAAGGAUGGCCAGUUUAUGGAGUGCUUCAACAAGAUCGCGCCGAUGCUGCGAGAGCCGUACAUUCCGACCCGACUGUGGGGCUUCAGUGGCCACAUUCAGACAAUAAUUCACAGCAUUGUGGGCCGCGUCAAGUGUCCGUGGCCGCUGGGCGAACGGGUCUACCUGUCACUGACGGAUGGUUCCACGCUGACGUACGAUCUGUACCAGCCGCUAAUAGCGUCCGUCGAAGACGACAUCACCGUGGCGAUCUGUCCGGGAAUCGGCAACUCGUCCGAGUCGGUCUACAUCCGCACCUUCGUCCAUUACGCCCAGUGCCACGGGUAUCGGUGCGCGGUGCUUAACCACAUCGGUGUCCUCGAUAGCGUGCAGGUCACAUCGUCCCGGAUAUUCACGUAUGGUCACACGGAGGACUACGGAGCUAUGAUAAAUAGUCUGCUGAAAAAGUACCCCACGACCAACAUCGUUUCGGUGGGAUUUUCGCUCGGUGGCAAUCUCAUCUCGAAGUAUCUCGGCGAAGCGACGCGACCGUACAACAUCAUCGGCGGUGUGUCGAUCUGCCAGGGAUACAACGCGGUGGUUGCUACACAGUGGCUGCUGAAAUGGCAGAACUUUCACCGCUUCUACCUGUACGUGCUGACCGAGAACGUCAAGAGCAUUAUCAUGAAGCACCGGCACGUGCUGCUGUCGGACGACAUCAAGCAGCGGUAUCAGCUGAAUGAGCGCGACAUCGCAGCCGCCGCGACACUGCCCGAGCUGGACGAGGCGUACACCCGCCGAGUGCACCAGUUCCCAACGGUCAAGGACAUGUACAGCUGGAGCUCGUCGCUUAACUAUAUGGCCAACAUACGGCGCCCGAUGGUGUUUGUGAAUGCACGUGACGACCCGCUCGUGCCCGAAAGUUUACUAGAACCGGUGAAACAGUUUUCGGCCGCCAAUAAUCAAUCGCUGUACAUCGAACUAGCAAACGGUGGCCACCUUGGGUUCUAUGAGGGUGGCUUGAUCUACCCCAAUCCAGUUACCUGGCUCGAUCGUGCUCUGGUGUCACUGAUCGGUGGUAUCGUUAUGUCUCACAACGAUUUGCUGGUGGCAAAGCGAACGGCAGAAACGCUGUCGAUGCCCAUUUAA